CCGGACUCAGUUCCCCUUGGCUUUACGUACAUACAACUGCCCCAUCAAUUGGAGCCAGGAAAAAUAUGGCCACUAUUUAAAUGGUUAGACAUCAGUCAUACAUAUGCCGGUCUAUUCAUGAGGGUAUUAGGGGGUGAGUCGGCACCUUUUGGUCGCGUCCAAGGCUCAGGUGCCCCGCGAUUGGCAUCUAUUAAGAGCUAUGGUCUUCACGGAGUUCCCAGUAUUGAUACACAUAUGGAGGAUAUCGGCGCUGAUAAUAAGUGGUCGAACGGACACUAUAACGGCUUUCCCGUAGCUUUUAAGGUCAGUAAAAGUGAGGUCAGACCUAAAAAUAUUGCGAUUAAAGUUUGGAAAAGGGUUUAG